GCAAGGUUCGGUGGAGACUGAGGGGCGAAAACGUCAGUCAUGGGAAAGGGAUGGGAAUGGGAUAAUGGGAGCGGAUGGGGACCAGGCCACAGAUCCAACCGGAGCGGUCUUGGCGCGGCUUUUGCAGCAGCUCCAUCUAAUGCCGCUGCAGCUGGUCCUGCGACUGGCCAAGGAUUGAAUGAUGGGAGCGACGUUCGUCGUUCGCAAUUGCAUUUCACAUCAAUUCUCGGCUCACAGUUCGACUCGAUUGCCAGUUUCGAUCACUCUCUUGCAGAAUCGUGUCCACUUCAAGUCUUUCGGACCUCCGAUUGAGCUGCACUCUUUCUUGGCUCCCAUGAGUUCUUGUUGCUUAACGCUCUGUUCGGUUUCUUUCGAUUCCGGGUUCGCCAAGGCCAGGCUCAGGACGACCCGCGGUGGUGGCGGUGGGGUUCCGUUGCCGAGUGUGGUUGCUUCGCCUCCCCGCUGUCGGAGGUCGUUGAGUUCAAGCUUUGUCACGAAGUUGAGCUUUUCUCCCUGGAAAGAACCACAAUCGAAUCUCCCGAAGUGGAAGAAUAUGAUUGCUUUUUCGAAAGUUGAAUGCACUUCGCAGGCUGGUGGUGCUGAGAAGUCAUCCUCAUCUUCUUCGUCGGUUUUGCCUGCCGUGGAAGCUAAACCUAUGGGGACUGGACUCAGAAUUACCUUCUGUCCACGAUGUGGUGGUACUACUGAGAAAAAGGUUCCUGAUGGAGAGCACGAGCUGCGUGUGGUGUGCACAGUCUGUGGUGCGGUACAUUACGAAAACCCGAAAAUGGUGGUCGGAUGUUUGGUAGAGCAUGAAAAUCAAAUUCUUCUUUGCAAAAGAAGUAUCGAGCCUUCCUAUGGUCUCUGGACACUACCAGCUGGCUACAUGGAAAUCGGAGAAUCAGCUGCUGAGGGAGCCGCAAGAGAGACCCGGGAGGAGGCUUGUGCUGAAGUAGAAGUGCUUGGUCUAUUUGCUCACCUGGAUAUUCCAAUCAUUGGCCAGUGCAGAGCUACAUAAUAUUUCGAGCACAAUUGAAGAACCCGCAUUUUGCUCCCGGCCCGGAGUCUUUGGAAUGUGAACUUUUCAAAUUAGAUGAAUUACCAUUCGACAAGCUUGCAUUCUCAUCCAUAGGAGUUGCUCUAAAUCUGUACUUGGACGACGUGAAGUCAGGAAGUAUGAGAGUACAUCAUGGAGUUAUCGACAAAAGACCUGGUGCAGCUUUAUCAGAUCCCAAAGGAUUUGUCAUUCGAGAUCAUCUCUGUAGCUGAGACAGCGCAGAUAAAGAAAACAGCUUGGUUUUUGUGGUUUGAGUUCUCAAUUGUGUCGAGGUAUCUCCUCAUCUAGUAUAAUAGGUACCUUACAGCAUAGCCCUAUGGAAGCGAAGGGAUUGAUAUGAUGAAGGGGCUGAAAAACGUAGAGUGCUUUGCACACUAAAAUCAGUGCUUUAAAUCUUUACGUUGUAAAGUUUAGGGGCUACUCACUGUCUAUGCGAAGAGUCUAGAUGUUUGAAGCCGGUCAAAAUGAGGAUAUUUGUAAAAAGCCCGUAAGAGUUGUCUGUAUUAUUAGAAACACGAAGAUGAGUAGACACAUAUUUUGUUGUCAUUUUCGCUCAAUGUUCAUUGUUGGGUGGAGUUGUCUUUCUUUGUAAGUUGAUGCUUGUCAAAGAUUAGAUCCUUCUUCUCUUAGGUAUCCAACUUCUUCCAAACAUACCAAAUAUGACCAAAGGUAACACCCUUUGAUCCGCAUAUGAAGCCUUUUGAAUUAUACGAGUGUCACUUCUAAGGUCGCUUCUCGUGAUCCCAAUGAAUGAGUUUGGACUCAGCACACCUGAGUCCAAAUUUGUUUGACUCAAGUGUAUUUUGUUUUGAGUACAUAUAAUAGAU